AAAUCAAUAAAAUGAAACAGCUGAUAAGAAAAGGUUAAAAUAAAAAAUUGAAAAUGAAAUAAAAAUCCUAUUAAAACAGAUUUAAAUCGAGGUAUUUGCAACAAUUUACAUGAAUCAAGAACUAUUUUAAAUCCAUCUCACUCCUUAUUCAACAAUACACCCGAUAUGAUGAGAACUCUGAGUUCAUUUUGUUGUAAAACAGCAUCAUCUCUUCUCAAAGGGCCAAAUCGAACACCUAAUCUUACAAGUCGCCGAUUCUACCCAGCUCUUCCGAAACGAUUCUACCGCAAAGCGAACGUAUUAUGCAAUGAAGACAACGUAUAUGAAAUCACACUAGAUCAAAGAAAGCUAAAAACACCUUCGGGGAGUGUGUUUAAAAUCAAUAAUGAACCUUUAGCAUUAGCUGUAGCCGCAGAAUGGGAUUCUCAAAAAGAUGUCAUUAAUAGAAGUGCUAUGCAUUUGACAGCUUUAUGUAACACAGUUAUCGAUAAUCCGUGUCAUUUAACUAAAGAAGAACUCGUUCCCAAGUUGUUGAGUUUUCUCGAUACAGAUGCUAUUAUAUAUCAUUCAGAAGAAGAAAAUGAAUUACAUAAACGUCAAGUUGAACAAUGGGAACCUAUUAUUGAUUGGUUCAAUCAACGUUACAAUGUUAAUAUUCAACCUAUUAGAGAUAUCUCGUGUACUUCUGUAGACGAUGAAAUCAAACAAUCAUUGGGUCGUCAUUUAUCUUCUUAUAGUUUUCCAUGUUUACAAGGUAUCGCAUUCGCGGUUGAAAGUCUGAAAUCUCUAAUACUAACGUUAUGCUGCAUCGAUCGUAAAAUCAGCGUAGAAACAGCAGUUCAACUAUCUAGAUUAGAAGAAGAAUUUCAAACUGAACGAUGGGGCAGAGUAGAAUGGAGUCACGACUUGAACAUGGUAGAUUUACAAUCCAGAGUAGCAGCUGCAAUCAUGUUCGUGCAUUUACACCUCGAAUCAUCGAAAACGAAAUCUAAAUAGAAGCUGAUCGGAAAUAAAAACGAAUAAAUUAUACAAUUAUGUACGCAAUGCAUUGAAAUUACAGCUCUAAAAAUAA